AUGGACGCUACAGGAGAUGAAGUACGUGCACCAGCACCGGUAGUCGAAGAUGAGAAGUUGGAUGUGCAGAACGCACUGAAACGCACUAUGAAAUCGGCAAUUGUGGUCGACGGUCUUGCGAAAGGUCUUCAUGAAGCUGCAAAGGCGCUUGACAAACGUCAAGCGUAUUUCUGUGUGUUGGCUGAGAACUGUGACGAGCCGAUGUACACGAAAUUGGUUGAGGCGUUGUGCAAAGAACAUCAAAUUCCAAUGAUCAAAGUAAAGGACAAGAAACAACUUGGCGAAUGGAUUGGCCUUUGCAAAUACGACAAGGAGGGUAAAGCUCGUAAGGUGGUCGGUUGCUCAUGUGCAGUUGUACGUGACUACGGUGCUGAUGAUGCGGCUCGUUUGGUGCUGCAAGAGUUUUUCGAGAGUCAGAAGAAAUAA